AUGGAAGUGGAUCCGUUGGAUGUGCGACAAGAACGAGAAGAAUGGCAAAAGGAGCGGAUGCGGGUGCUCGACGAGUGGUGUGAGGUAUUCCCCCAUUUUUUCUGGACCUGUAAUAUUUUCCCCCAAUUCUCCAGACGAUUUCCGUCAUUUUAAGCCAGAACUCGAAUUUUUAGGAUGCUCUUCAAAAAAGUUAUGCAUUUUUGAAAAUGUAGAACGAAUAGAACGAGUACGCGUAAAAAUUGCAACGAAAAAAUAAUUUUUACACGUUUUCUGGAUUCGACUAAUUUCAGAUCGAAUUAAAAGGCGCGGAGGCUCUAAAAAUGGACGUGACACACGAGCCGGGCUCCGCGACAGACGUGAAAGCGCCGGAGACGUCGCUUCAAGACCUUUUUCCGCUUUUGGCGGGUCCCGCCGCGAUUUCACCGCCCGCACACUCAAAUUCGGAAGAGAACGACGAAAAAUCGCUGAAACCGAUCGAUAAUCGGUCGGCGUUCGAUCGACUAAUCGACAUUUGUCUGUGCCGCCCGUCAAAGGCCGAAAUGAGCGCGUUGGCCUACACGCACAAGAGCCUCAUUCAGAAAUUGGCCCAAAUUGGGUACGAUCAGGCGAACGGCACGCAUUGGCUGCUAUUGUCCGACUAUUACAACAAUGUGCAGAGGGCGAUGCGCGGCGCCGAGAGCCACGUCACAAAUCCGUCCAGAUGCGGAGCACAUUGGGUCACUGUCGGCUUUCAGGUACGCUUUUUUUUGUAGCGAUCGGAUAGGUGCCUGAAAAAAUCAUGGUGCGUCGUGAAAAGAUGUCAUGUUUUGAAACUUCAUAAUGGAUCGAUGCACCAGCAAACGCUUCACUUUUUCGGCAUUUUUCUUGAAAGAGUGCGGUGGAGCGCGUUUGCAUAGCUUUUCCAUAGUCUUUUCGAUAGAAUUCCAGGUUUGGGAACCAAAAAAGGAAGAAAUCAAAUUGUUUGCAGGGAGCGACUCCGGAGACGGAUUUCCGUGGCUGCGGAGUCCUGGGCCUGCUCCAAAUGCACACGUUCACGCAGAGAAUCGCUCCGAACGUGUUGAGGGCCAUCGUUUUAUUGGCCACCACCGAGCCAAAUGUGAGUAUUUCACAAUCGCGCUCUACCGAACACCAUUGCCAAAAAGUAUGUUUGUUUUUUCUAGGAUUUCCCCCUGGCCGUCGUCUCCAUAAAUAUCACGGCUCUCUGUUUGAGCCAGCUCAAAAAAGGCACUUUUGACGGGUAAUUUUUGGAUUCGAAUGAACAAAUCCCAAAAAUCCUUACAGAUACGGUACCGAAACCGAAGGCCUCUACCCGUUUUUUUCGGCUCUUCACGCCGCCGCAAUGACUCGUUUCUGCUCGAUUUACAAAUCGAAAAAGUGCACAAUUGCACACACUCAAUCCAUUUUCACUGGUAAGUAUAUUCUAGACUAACAAUUCAGGGAAAAAAUUGCCAGAAAUUCCAGAAAUCACACAACAACUGGAAAAAGCCCCGCUGACGCUUCUCUUGCUUCUGAAUCCCGCCAACGACGAACUCAUCAACACUCUCCUGUGA